CAUAUACCGUAUUUUUCGCUCCUUAAGAUGCACCUGACAAUAAGAUGCACCUAGGUUUUAGAGGCAGAAAACAGGAAAAAAAAUAUUCUAAACCAAUGGACUGCAGACACAGUACAGGAGAUGACCAGAGACUGCGGACACAGUACAGGAGAUGACCAGAGACUGCGGACACAGUACAGGAGAUGACCAGAGACUGCAGACAUAGUACAGGAGAUGACCAGAGACUGCAGACAUAGUACAGGAGAUGACCAGAGACUGCAGACAGUACAG